AUGCGAGCCCGGAUGUGGUCCUCCAUAGCGGGCCUCUUCUCCGUGCUCAACACCAUCCAGUUCCUCAUCUUCGAUCUGAACCAGCUCACCCACAUCGGCUACGAAGAGAAAUAUAGCAUCUACCUGGAGAGCAACUCCAGGCUGGCCUCCUGGGUCAUGCUGUACCGGCAGAGCAUCUGCACUAGCCUCUCGGUCAUGACCAUCCUGGUGGGCUGCUUCCUCCUCUACUGCAUCCACAGGAACGUCUACACGGGGCUGCCCAUCUACACCAUGUGGAUCCUCACCUACGAGUUCACCAGCUUCUCCAUGGUCCUGCUCACCCACGGCCUCAUCAAAGAGCAGUUCAGGGGCCUGGGCUACUUGUACCUCAUGCUCCAGGUCUCGCGCAUGACCCUGCACUUCGGCCUCCUGCCCUUCAUCAUCAAGCACGGGUACGCUCUCUACAAGGACCCCGGGUCUGAGGGCAAGGUGGGCCGCCGCAGGCGCUCCUCCAUCAGCACCAUGGACUCCUGGCCGACCGCUGGGCUGGGGAUGCUGUACCGCAAGUUAAACUGA